GGCUAGAACCCCAAGCCGUAAUCGUAAAGCUAGUUUAAAAAAAAAGUAGAUUUGUUUUUAUUUUGUUUACAAUAUUUUAUUGCUAUUAAUUUUCAUAAAUUAUUAAUUAUUUAACUAAAAAUGCAUUCAUAAUUUAAUAUAUUAAUUACACAUGUAUCACAAUGAACGUUAUAAAAGGGAAAGGCCCAGUCUUCGACCCAGGUCUUUGCCGUUGCUGUGGUACAUUAAAAAAAUGCCGAGUUUUAAAUAUCGAAUACGAGAGUUUCGGCCAAAAGGAGAUAUAUUCGGAUAUGUUAUUGGACUGCUACGGUCUACUUUUGUCCCACCUGGACGGCAAGCCGGGCGAGCGGCUGGUGUGUGCCACCUGUGUGAAGCGGCUCCGCGAAGCGCUGGAGUUCAAGAUGCAGGUGCUGAAGUGCGAGGAGGCCUUCCUGCAGGUCAAGAUGUAUGGAUCUGAUGCCAACGCAAAGGAUGAGAAAUUACAAAUACUGAACGGUAUGGAAGUAGAAGUGAAGGUUGAGCCGCAGGAUGUAUCUGACGAUGCACCCACUGAUGCUCCCAAUAAUGUGCUGGAGGAUGCCUGCCACAGCGAUCACAAUGAUGCAGCACCUGUCUCCCCCGUCAAGGAAGCAGUAGUUGAUGGUACACCUGGGGUGCGGGACGUGACGUCAUACGACUCCAACGAUGACAUCCCUCUCCAAGUGCUGCUGACGGAGAAGCCCUCCAAGAAACUCCGGGUGAAGAACGGCAGCAGUUCUCCACGGAGAGUUGUUGACAAACCAAAGAUACCGAUGUCGAAGCUACAACAGCGUAUGCGUGAAAGGGACCCCUCAUACGUAGCAGAAACCAACAUACUAACACUAGUAGAAUUCUCCUACGUCUGUCCGUUCAAAUGUCGGCACAACCACCUCCUCUGCUUCUACUGCGGCGAAAACUUCUCGGACCCCCAAAAUUUGAGAGAUCACACAUUAAAAAACCACCACCCAAAGAAAUUCAAGGUCACGGAUCACAAAAACAUGUUGAAGUUAGACCUAACAAGGAUAGAUUGUAGGUUGUGCCCGCAAAUUAUAAACAGUUUAGAAGAUUUUAAAAAGCAUAUAACAAUUGUUCAUAAUAAAAAGUACUAUGUUAAUAAUAGAGAUUUGAUUUUGCCAUUCCGUUUGUCUAAUAAUGAGUUUCAGUGUGCGUUGUGUGAGUCAGUGUUUGCGUAUUUCCAUGCUUUGAACAAGCAUAUGAACGAACAUUUUAGUAAUUUUGUGUGUGAAACUUGCGGGUUGGGUUUCGUGGACCGUGGGAGGUUCCUGAUGCAUCAGCAGCGGCAUGAGGAAGGGGACUUUCCAUGUGAGGAAUGUGGAAAGGUGUUUAAGGCACAGUACAAUAAAGAACUGCAUGUGGAUCGUGUUCAUAAGAAGAGAGGCAGGGUGUACUGUCCGAAGUGCGACGCGCGGCUGAUGACGUACCCGCAGAAGCUGAAGCACCUGGUGGAGGUGCACGGGGAGGCGCCGCUGUCGUUCCCCUGCAACCUGUGCGAGCGCGUGUGCGAGACGCGCCGCAAGCUCACCAUACACCGCCGCAAGGAGCACCUCAAGGACUACAGGUACGUGUGCCAAUGCUGCGGCCAGAAGUUCUUCACGCGGUUCGCGCUCACCAACCACAUGCCGACGCACACCGGCGAGCGCAACUACAAGUGCAAGGUCUGCGAGAAGACCUACCCGCGCCUCAAGACGCUGAAGGACCACCUGCGCAUCCACAGCAACGACCGGCGCUACCGCUGCACGCUCUGCGGGCAGGCCUUCAUACAGAACUGCAGCCUCAAGGGGCACAUGAAGUCACAGCACCCCGACUGCAGCUAGCGCACCGCCACCAGCGCAUCACCAACGACGAGCGGCGCCUGAGCGGGCAGGCCUUCAUACAGAAGUGUAGCCUCAAGGGGCACAUGAAGACACAGCAUCACAAUUACAGCUAAAGAGUUUUGGCAAUAGGUACCCAAAAUCUUGCUUGGAUCUCAAGAAACUUAAGGUCCACCUGCUCGUCUGCAUCAAGGGGCUCAUAAAGACACGGCAUCACAAAUACAGCUAAAGAGUUUUGUUAAAGGGGACCCAAAAUAUUGGGUCUCAAGACACUUAAGGUCUAUCUGCUCGUCUGCAUCAAGGGGCUCAUGAAGACACAGCAUCACAAAUACAGCUAAAGAGUUUUGGUAAUGAGGACCCAAAAUAUUGGGUCUCAAGACACUUAAGGUCUACCUGCUCGUCUGCAUCAAGGGGCUCAUGAAGACACAGCAUCACAAAUACAGCUAAAGAGUUUUGGCAAUAGGGACCCAAAAUCUUGGGUCUCAAGACACUUAAGGUCCACCUGCUCGUCUGCAUCAAGAGGCUCAUGAAGACACAGCAUCACAAAUACAGCUAAAGAGUUUUGUUAAAGGGGACCCAAAAUAUUGGGUCUCAAGACACUUAGGGUCCACCUGCUCGUCUGCAUUAAGGGGCACAUGAAGACACAGCAUCACAAAUACAGCUAAAGAGUUUUGGCAAUAGGGACCCAAAAUCUUGGGUCUCAAGACACUUAAGGUCCACCUGCUCGUCUGCAUCAAGGGGCUCAUGAAGACACAGCAUCACAAAUACAGCUAAAGAGUUUUGUUAAAGGGGACCCAAAAUAUUGGGUCUCAAGACACUUAGGUCUACCUGCUCGUCUGCAUUAAGGAGCACAUGAAGACACAGCAUCACAAUCACAGCUACAGAGUUUAGGUAAUAGGAAGCCAAAAGCAGAUCACCUGCUCGUGGUAUUUACGAUUUUACAAACAUUGACCUCAUAUAAUAAAAGGACGCACAAUCAUGUAGAAAAUUUCACUUUAAAACUGGCCAAUUUUGCUGUGGCAGUUUCAGAAUUAUUGGUAAAGAAAAUUAUACCAAAUACCAAAAGGAAAAUUAUAUCUUUAAAUAUAGUCCAAUAUUCAAUAAAAUCCCAAAUUCAACCAGGAUUGAGUUUAAAGAUUGAAUUUGCAAAUGCGACUACUCGAAUUGAGUGCCAAGAAGUUUGACACUCAUUGAGUGGGGACGUUUUUUGGUCGUUGAUUGUGCAUCCACUUUUUAAUAGGAGAUCGAUACAUAAAGUAGAAUGCGUUUUAUUUUAUACUAGUGGACCCGGUCAAGCUUCGCUUUGACUCAUUCCCUACCCCUAUCCUAUUCUAUUCCCACCCUACCCCUACCCUGCUCCUACCCUACCAUACUCCCACCCGACACCUACCCUACCAUACCCCUACCCUAAGUAUCCUAUGUCCUUCUCCUGGUUCCAGCAGAUCUCGAGUUAUAAGUGUUGUAAGAAACCCGACUUUCUUUUGUACUUGGAUAUAUCACCGGUAGAUUGUAAAAUACGUUAGUUUAUAAUCUCACUCGUGAUAUAAUCUGCCGUCAUAUUGUGAACUGAACAUACUGAUUACAAUUUAACGUGUUAUUUUUCGGUAUAUCUGUAUGAAGUGAAACCGUUAAAUUGCAAUCUUAAAACGUCAACUGUCUGAACUUGCCCCUGAUUGGUCGGCCUUACAGCAGACCAUUCUGUGUCCAUAGAAGUUUAGGGCGAAAGUGGUCUUGGUAUGAGUUAACUACCCAAUUCAGAAAAUUCUCUGGUAUGCAGGUUUCCUCACGAUGUUUUUUUUCCCCUUUGAGAGACGUCCCCGACGCCCCCCCUCCCUGAAUCAGAAGGGGGGGCGUCGGGGACAUACCAAAGGGGGGUCCUAUCCACUGGGCUAUCACGAAAUCUGCAUACCAGAGAAUUUUCUCAAUUAUCUACGCGUGUAAAGUCUGCCGAUCCGCAUUAGGCAAGAGUGGUGGACUAUUGGCCUAACCCUUCCCAUUCUGAGAGAGACUCGAGCUCAGCAGUGAACCGACUAAGGGUUGAUAAUGAUGAUGACUUGAUGACUGGCUAAAUGUAUUGCAAAGCCAUAUUGUAAUUGAAAAAAAGUCUUUGCACCCUUUAGAGUGAGUACUUGUAAUAUAUUUAAUGAUAUUAUGUUAUGUAAUGUUAAUUUAUUGUGAUUUUAAUGUAAUUAUGAAGGUACUUUUACAAAUAUAAAUUUAUUGACAAUUUA